GGCUGAUGCAACGUGGCCACGCUUGCAAAUAGCUCGAGAGUCUGGAUUUGGGCUCCUCGUGUCACGGUGAAGCCGAUACAUCUGGAAUCACAGGAGCGGAGACCACUGCACCACAGAGAUUUACUUUGUGAACCCAAAAAAUCCAGAAGCUGCAAAGAUGGAGGAAGGUGGACACACUGCCUGAAGCGAAUUCUUGUAUGAUCACAUGAAAAGCCUAAUUCAUAGAUUUCUUCUUGAAGAACAUCCUCCAGCAUGUGUACAUAACUAAAUCAUAUUACAUGUGCAGUUCAUUAAGUCAAAUAAAGUUUUUCCCCUCAUUUAAAGUUCUGCUAAUGAACAGUGCGCACCGUGACCCAAAAUACAUUUGAUACGUUAUCUGGCUGAAGACAGAUAAGUUAAUUGAAAUACAUGCUAAACAUAUAAUCAAAGACUUCUUGUAUUGUGCUAUUACACACACAUAACACACACACACACACACAUACACACACACACACAGAGGUUUUAUUUUUUAUUUUUUUUAGAUAUACUUAGGACAUGCUGUAGUUGCAUGAAAGAGUGAGGGCAAAAAGCUGUUUUCAUAUACUAAGUACCUGACGUGCUAGCAUACAUUUCCUAGUAAAUAAGGGAUAUAUUGUCAAUGUGCAAAGAUUCCAUACACUUAGAAGAGUGUAGUUAAGCUUUUUAUAGUACUAUACUUGAAAAGAGUUCUAGAUCAGGGAAGAGGGAAAUCUGCUGUGUACAUUUAAUCAAGCAGAGACUACUAUUUAGGGGUGUGAAUUUGACAGGAACAUAAGUUCUAAAUCACAUUGGUGUGUUUGGAUUGCAUACUUUAUCCCUUGAUGGAGAAAUCCAAAGCAGACCUAGAAGUAGCUGGAGACUCUGAGGGUGAAUCCCGUCAAGAUCUUUUGUCUGAGAAACCAGAUGCCCGCCCUACCUGGGGGUCAAAGGCUCAGUAUAUCCUCGCCCAGGUUGGCUUUUCUGUUGGACUCGGCAACGUCUGGCGUUUCCCCUACCUGUGCCAUCAAAAUGGUGGAGGUUCUUUUCUGCUUUUAUACCUGCUGCUCCUCCUUAUCAUUGGAAUCCCUCUCUUCUUCCUGGAAUUGGCCGCUGGGCAGAUUAUCCGGCAGGGCAGCAUUGGCGUCUGGAAACACAUCAGCCCUCGCCUAAUAGGCAUCGGCUUUGCAAGCUGUGUGGUGUGUUCUUUUGUUGCCCUAUAUUAUAAUGUCAUUAUGGCAUGGAGUCUUUUCUACUUGGGUAAUUCUUUCCAGUUUCCCCUUCCGUGGAGUGAUUGCCCUGGAGCAGAAAAUGAAACAGCUACAGUCACAGAAUCUGAAUGCAUGGCCAGUUCUCCCACUAUCUAUUUUUGGAACCGAAAGGCCUUGCACAUUACCAACUCCAUAGAGGAGAGCGGGGGUCUUGACCCAGCCCUUACUGGCUGCCUCUUUGCUGCUUGGAUGCUGGUUUGUCUCGCCAUGAUCAAAGGCAUUAAGUCGUCAGGCAAGGUUCUGUAUUUCAGCUCUCUGUUUCCUUACGUGGUUCUCUUGUGUUUUCUUGUACGUGCUUUGCUGUUAGAAGGGGCAGCUGAUGGAAUCAAGAUCAUGUUUACCCCUAAGCUAUCCAUUUGGGGAGAUAUGCAGGUCUGGCGUCAGGCAGCCACCCAGGUGUUCUUUGCUCUGGGCCUGGGUUUCGGCACCAUAAUUGCUUACUCCAGCUACAAUCCUCAGCAUAACAACUGCCACAUCGAUGGGUUGCUUGUGUCUGGCAUCAAUUUCCUUACCUCGGUGCUGGCCACGCUGGUGGUGUUUGCCGUGCUGGGCUUCCGAGCCAAUGUGUUGGCGCACAAUUGUGUUGCAAGAAAUGCAGGUCUUUUUACAGAGCUAGUGAAGAAUGGUUCCCUCUCGGCUGUGCUCCCUGUAAACCUGUCUGAAUUUUCACCUGCUCAAUACAGCAAUUGGUAUCAGGAUCAAUGGAAUGAUACAAAGCAAUUGCAGAAGUGGAAACUUGGUGACUGUCGUGUAGAAGAUGAAAUGAAUAAGGGUGUGGAAGGGACAGGCCUGGCCUUCAUCGCCUUCACAGAAGCUAUGACCCUGUUUCCAACAGCCCCCUUCUGGUCUAUGCUGUUCUUCUUUAUGUUGCUCAAUUUAGGGUUGAGCACCAUGUUAGGGAACAUGCAAGGAAUCAUCACUCCUUUGUUGGACAACUUCCAAGGCCUCCAGCGUCGGCGGACGCUCUUCACAGUCCUAUGCUGUAUUAUUGGAUUCUUGCUGGGCUUGAUUUUUGUUCAGGGCUCAGGCAACUAUUUUGUGACUAUGUUUGAUGACUAUUCAGCCACUCUGCCCCUGCUUAUUGUUGUGGCCGGCGAAGCUUUUGCCAUAGCCUGGAUCUAUGGAGCUGACAGGUUCUUGGAUGACAUAGAAAACAUGCUGGGCUGGCGGCCAUGGAAAAUCUACAGCUACAUGUGGCGCUUUGUGAGCCUGGCAGCGAUGUUGUGCCUGUUGCUAGCGAGUUUGGUACACCUGGUCAUGAAGCGCCCCACCUACACCGCCUGGAACAGAGAAAAGUCAGAGGAGGAGCAGCUGGAAUACCCACCAUGGGCCUUGGGCCUUCUCAUUAGCCUGAUCGUUGUGGCCGCUCUCCCCAUUCCAGUCAUGUUUCUCAGGCACCUCUUGCUAGAACGGUUUUCCCAAUACAGCCACAACUCUGGCCAGAUACCUGUACCCACCAAAGAAGAAGAUGGGGUGCAAGAAAAAGAAAGUCCAGCUGAUCUUGAUCUCAAUCUCCCAGGCAAUGGUUAUUUGCUUGUGCCCGCAGAAGAGGGGCAGGAAUAAAACAGGUGAUGUUCAGGUAGUCCUCAACAACCACAGUGGAGUCCAGAAUUUUGGUCAUAAGUCAUUGCGGUCAUAAGUUGAGGCACCGCAUGACCAAACUUGAUUUUAUCACCAUUUUACAAAAGUCAUAAAGUGAGUCAAUCACAUUAUUAAGUGAAUCAGGGUCAUGAAGCAAAUGCAGCAUAUCCAAAAGACGUUUUUUGCCAUUUUUUGCUGGAAAGUGACAAAAAACGUGGCAGGUUGUGGUCACAUGAUCGAAAACUGCUGCAACCGGUUUUACAAGCGAGCCAGUUGCCAAGCACCCAAAAUGCAAUCAUGUGACCCUAGCAGAGUACGGCAGUCAUAACUUUGAGGACGGAUCACAAAUAGCUUUUCUGAGGUAAGUCCAUCAUAAUUUUGAGCGGUUAUUAAGUAGCUAUUAGUGCAUUGUAACUUUGAAUGGUUGUUAAGGGAAAGUCAUUAAGCAAGAGCUACCUGUAUAAAAUGUGCAAUUCUCCA